GCCCGGAAUGUCGGCUUUUAUGACCAAUUAUUAGGCCUAAAAUGGGUUAGAGAAAACAUACAUCUAUUUGGCGGAGAUAAGGAUAAAAUCACCAUUUUUGGUGAGAGCGCCGGGAGUUGGUCGGUGUCCGCACACAUACUCUCCCCGCUAUCAAAGGGUAUGUUUAAGAGGGCUAUUAUGCAAAGCGGAGCCCAAUUUUACAACAUGGAUAAAGAAGUAGUCAACAAAACUGAGGCCUUAUCUCAGGCCAAAGCAAUGGCUAAAGGAUUGAAAUGCAAUGAAACCGAGGAUUGGAUACAAUGUUUGCGAAGAGCGGAUCCCAAAGAUAUACUCAAAUAUGAAAACCCAAUCGCCACUUACCCAACAUUUGACACAGAGUUUUUGCCCAUAAGAGCACAAACCGCUUUCAAUACGAAAAAAUUUAAUACAGACAUUGAUUUAAUCGCUGGCAUAACACGCAAUGAGGGCUCAACGUUUAUUAUAGUUGUGAUUCAUGACCUUGUUCAUAUAAUAAAUAUGAAUAUUUCGGACUUUCAUAACGCGGUGAACGCACUCGACUCAAUCGGCUAUCAUAACGUAAAUGUGCCAAAAGUGACGGAACAUUACCUGAAAGGUGUCAACACUAGCAAUAGUCUGGCACUUCGCACAGCUUUAGGUUCAUUAAUAGGUGACCUAAUACUUGGGUGUCCGACAUAUCAUUUUGCCAAACGGUUCGCACAAACUGUCAAAGAGUCGCAAAGGGUUUACUUUUACGAGUUGUUAUACGGAAGCGAUAAUCAUAUGGACUCUGAUUGGCCGCAACUGUUAAACGAUGAGCCGAUGAAUGCGCCCAAAGUCCACGGCUUGGAUCCCAAAGACCUGAGCCUAUUAUCUCAUAGUAGUAUUGGAGUAGUGAGGGGUCGGACACUACAUGUGUUGGACACAAAUGUGGAUCAGUUUGUGGGCAUUCCAUACGCCGAACCCCCGGUCGGCAAACUUAGGUUCGCAAAACCCGAACACAUUAUAAAGCCAUUUCCCGUAAAUGCAACAAAACCCACGAACUCAUGUAUGCAACCGACAACUUUCAUACCAAUCAUUCCGGGCACAGGUAUGAGUGAAGACUGUUUGGUGCUAAACAUAUGGACAGCAGAUGUAAAGGCAUUGAAACCAGUGAUGUUUUGGAUACACGGAGGGGGACUUAAUAUUGGGACUAUAUUUCAAACGUGGUUUAAUGGCAGUGUUUUGGCCACUAAGGAUGUUGUGGUUGUGUCCGUCAACUAUAGGUUAGGACCGUUUGGUUUCCUAUACGGGGAUCGGGAGGACGCGCCCGGAAAU